UAUGUGUGUAGUUCCUGUUCUUGGGCAUUAGGGGCCCUGAGGCUUCACUGAGCCCCCCUUUCAGACUGAGGUGACUGAGACUAGUACCCCCAACUCCUCAGCCUGUUCCUGUAUCCUCAAGCCUUGGGAAUGGGAGCUGAGCAAAGGGCCCAGAGAUCGAUCACUCUUCCUUUGUCCCCUUCUUCCCUAAGGUCAAGGCUGCUUUCCUGCUGCAUCAGUCCUGAGUCUCACAACCUUCUCUGGGCCACCUCUGGUCUCAGGUUCCUCUUCCUGCACCUCCACCCAUCCCCCAGUCUCUAAGAAUCCCUGUCGCCCCCCACCCCACCCCCAGGGGAGUGCAGCCUCUGGUCUCUGGAUCGACUCUCCCUGCAGUCUGCAGCCUAGGUGGGAGAAGGUGGGUGGAGCUGCUCAGAGCAGUGAAAGUAGCACACAGACACAGCUCUCAGCCUCCUGCAUCCGAAUCAGUUAUGAAUCUUUGUUCCAAACCGGGUCCAUCUCCCUACCUGUUGUCAGCAGCUUCCCCGUUGAUCGCAUACUUACCCCAGGUGCAUGAGCCAGAAGCUCUGGCCUAAAGAUUAGCACAGCUUCAGAUGACCAGAUUCCACGUUUAUACCUGCCAAGUCCCAGCCCCCAAGCUACUGGUGCCUUCCUGGCUCUUUAGGGUCAGCUGUGUUAGUGGCUGGGCGCGUUGUACACCAACCAGACAGGAAAGCUGCUGUUUCUUGUGGUGAGAGUUUUGGGGCCAGGCAGUCACACUGAGUUUCGGAGCUCCCAGAAGCUCUUCAAGGCGUUAGAGCCAGGGGGAAAGAUCUAGAUUUAACCAGUGAGCCUACCCGUUCCGUGGCUCCUGUGCCUGUCAGGGUGAGCCUGAGACAGCUGACCUUGGGGCUGGCUCAGUGACCUUGGGCCAGUAUAGCAUUGAGGGUAAAAAGGUCAGUGAUUCAAUUUGGGGUCCCCAGUACCAAUUAACAUCGACUUCUUGGGCACUGUUAUGGAGAAAGUAAAGGCUUGACUCUACAGGAAGUUAGCUGAAGGGUGAGGGGGUACCACCAUCCUGACCCUUGGCAAGGCAGCACUCAUCUGUCUCACCUCUCAGGGGGCUUGGUGUGAGGUGAGAAUCUGGAGAGGGACCUGGGAAAUCUGUCUAGUGUGAGCUGUGGUUCAAGGGGCGGAGCAGCCUGUUUGUUUGGGAUUGGGAUUCCUACAGAGGAAGUGAAAGUGAAAUCGUUGGGAGCUUUCUCAGAAGCGGACUGCAUCCUGCCCUUCCCAGAAGGAGGGCUCUCAACGGAGACGGCUGCUUCCCAGAAGAAGUUACAGACACCAGGCUUGCUUGCUUCUGACACAGUCAUCACGACCAUGAGACACUGUCGGACAACAGACCCUAGUUCUUGGUGGGUCCUGCUUCUCUAUGUCCAUGUCGUCAUUCUGGCCAGAGGCACGUGUGCACCUCAGACAAAGGACCCGUGCUCUUCCUGGUCUCCAGCAGGCCCACCUCAGCGGUACCCAGCACUGCACGUGAUCUGGCCAGAGGAAGAAGUGCCACUGAAUGGAACGCUGACCUUGUCCUGUGCUGCCUGCAGCCGCUUCCCCUACUUGAGCAUCCUCUACUGGCUGGGCAAUGGUUCCUUCAUUGAGCACCUCCCAGGCCGGCUGAGGGAGGGUCACACAAGUCGGGAACACAGGAACACCAGCACUUGGUUACGGAGAGCCUUGGUGCUAGAGGAACUGAGCCCCACCCUACGAAGCACCAACUUCUCCUGUCUGUUUGUGGACCCUGGACAGGUGACCCAGUAUCACAUCGUUCUGGCCCAGCUCUGGGAUGGGGUGAAAACAGUCCCUACCCCUUCUCAAGAAAUCCUCUCCAGCCACAGCCCAGGACCCACGUCAGCAGGGCCAGGGGUCAGCAUGCAGCCAGCCACAGCAUGGCCUUGACUGGAGCCUGGCUCUCAUCCACCUGGAGGGUGAAGGCUCCACCAUAGGCUUUGCUCGCCCCCAUGCAGCUGAACCUCAAACUCAAGCUCCAUUUCUACCUAGAAUAUCAUAGUAAUUAAAUUAGAUUUC